AUGCGUCCAGACCAGCAACGGAAGCAGUUGCUGCUCGGCACCUUUGUCCACUGCCAGUCCCGCAGGGAUCUCGACAUUUUUCACAAUGCCGCCGUCGCCGUCGAUGCAGACGGCAAAAUCGCCGCCGUUCAUCGCGACUGUCCCAGCCUAGCCGCCGCCAAGACGCAGACUCUGGCCGAGCUAGGCUGGGCAGCCGAGAAUGUCGACAUCUACACCACCAAAGAAGCCCAAUUCUUCUUUCCCGGUUUCAUUGACACACACAUCCACGCCCCCCAGUACCCCAACGCCGGCAUCUUUGGCAAGACGACGCUCCUCGACUGGCUUGAGAAGCACACGUUUCCCAUGGAAUCCAGCCUCGCGGACCUCAACAAAGCUCGCAAAGUCUACACGGCCGUCGUCCGGCGCACCCUCGCCCACGGCACCACCACGGCCGCCUACUACGCCACCAUUGACGUCGCCGCCACCAACCUACUGGCCGACCUGUGCCGUGCUAUCGGCCAGAGCGCCUUUGUCGGCCGCGUCUGCAUGGACCGUCCCGGCAUUAACCCGGACUACUACCGUGACGCCUCCCCUGCCGCCGCCCUGCGCGCCACACAGCAGACCAUUGACCACAUCCGCCGCAUCGACCCCGGCUUUGACCUGGUCGCGCCCAUUCUGACCCCCCGCUUUGCGCCGUCGUGCACCUCUGAGGGCAUGAAGGCGCUCGCCAAGCUGCAAAAGGAAGGCGCUUAUCUCGCUCAAACCCACAUUUCGGAAAACGUCAACGAGAUUCAACUCGUCCACAAGCUGUUCCCCGGGACGAGCUCAUAUGCGCAAGUCUACGACGAUCACGGACUUCUCACGCCCAAAAUGGUUCUCGCGCACGCUGUCCACCUCACCGACGACGAGGCAACCCUCAUCGCCCGCCGCCGGAGCAAAGUCUCGCACUGCCCAUGCAGCAACUCGUCGCUGAGCAGCGGCGCCGCCCGCGUGCGCUGGAUGUGGCAAAAAGGCAUCGAGGUCGGCCUCGGCACCGACGUCUCGGGUGGUUACUCGCCCUCCAUCCUGGAAGCCGCCCGCCAGGCGGCCCUCGUCAGCCGCCACGUCGCCACCGCAAUGGCCACCGCCGACGCGGACGAGCGGGAGCACUGCAAGCUGACGGUGGAGGAGGUGCUGUACCUGGCCACCCGCGGCGGCGCGCUCUGCCUCGGCCUCGAGGACCGCACCGCCGGCUUCGAGGUCGGCAAGGACUGGGAUGCCCAGCUCAUCGGGCUCGGCCGCGUCACCGACUCGGGCCUCCGCGAGGGCGAGGAAUACACGGCUAAUGGUCACGGCUCUGGGGCGGCCGUCGAGGCGGCCGGCAUGGUCCCGGCGCUCAACGGGUGCGAUGAAGGAAACGUGGAUAUUUUUGGAUGGGAGUCGUGGGACGAAAUCAUGGCCAAGUGGCUGUACAGUGGCGACGACCGCAAUACCAAAAAGGUCUGGGUCAAAGGCCGCCUGGUGCACGCGAGAAGGUGA